AGUUUAUUUCAGCCACACCAAUGUUUGUUUGUACAUUUGUAUGUUCUACCUAGCUACAGAAACGCAUAUUUUUCAGAGACUCAACUCAAACUAAACUCGUUUGUGUAUUAAUCUAUCUUGGCAUAAAUUAAAAUGUCAGAAUCUGGUCACAGUCAACCUGGUAUGUAUGGACAAGGAAGGAGAAGAAGGCGACGUCGGGACAGGGAUGGACCCCCAGGACAAAACCUAUCCGGACCCAGUCGCGACAGAGAAUAUGUCCCAAGAGAACGCAGGGAUGGUAGUGAGGAGGCUCCAGGACCACACCUGCAGAAGACCCCCAUCAUUCUGGCAAAACCUCCUGGAGAAAGGUCUAAACCAACUCAGAGUGUCCCUAUCAGUGGGGUGCCAGCCAUGGAGAAACCGAUAGUGCUCUUCAAGGCCAGAGACGACGGAGGGAAGCCGGGUACUCCUCCUGAGGUGACCCCACUAGCAUCCAGCUCAGGGCCCUCCAAGCUUGAGAGGGAGGGACAGCGGCCAACCCAGCCUGUGUACCAGAUCCAAAACAGAGGCAUGGCAGCUGCAGCUGCUGCAUCAAGCAGCACUGUGGACCCGGUGAUUGGCCAGACCAAACUCCUUCCUCCGGAAAAGAUGAAACACAGCAUUAAGCUGGUAGACGAUCAGAUGAACUGGUGUGACAGUGCUAUGGAGUAUCUUAGGGACCAGACAGAUAUGCUGGUAGUGGGAGUCAUUGGCUUGCAGGGAACAGGAAAAUCCACCAUCAUGUCUCUCCUGUCAGCCAACACACCUGAGGAAGACCAAAGAGGAUAUGUGUUCAGAGCCCAAUCUCAGGAAAUCAAAGAGAGAGGAGGGAACCAGAGCACUGGGAUUGACUUCUUCAUAACCCAGGAGAGAGUCAUCUUCCUGGACACACAGCCCAUCCUCAGUCCUUCUAUCCUGGAUCAUCUGAUCAACAAUGAUCGCAAGUUGCCUCCAGAGUACAACCUCCCUCACACAUACGUUGAGAUGCAGUCUCUUCAGAUCACUGCCUUCCUGUUCACCAUCUGCCAUGUGGUCGUUGUUGUUCAAGACUGGUUUACUGACAUCAACCUUUACAGGUUCCUUCAGACUGCAGAGAUGUUAAAACCUUCCACACCAUCAGCCAACCACGACAGCACAAGUGCUUCCGGAAAUGACGAAGGAUCUGAAUACUACCCCCACAUAGUUUUCCUGCAGAAUAAAUCUCGACGAGACGAGUUCUGUCCCCUGAACCUGAAGAAGAUGCACAUGACGGUGGACAAGCUGAUGGCCCACUCCCACCUCAAAUACAAAGGCACAUUGUCCAUGCUGGACUGUAACAUCUUUCCUGGCCUGGGGAGGAAUUACCUGGAGACGGAGGUCAACCUGUUCCUGCUCCCCCUGCAAGAGAACGAGGGGGAUGAUUCCCUGACGAAAACAGGAUCCGGUGCUCCCCCCCUCUUCUCCCUACUCCCGGGUUAUCGAGGACACCCUGCCUUCUCCUCACUGGUCUCCAAGCUCCGCAGCCAAAUACUUGCCAUGUCUCGCUCUCAGCUCUCACACACCAUUCUCACUGAGAAGAAUUGGUUUCACUAUGCUGCUCGUAUCUGGGAUGGGGUGAAGAAGUCAUCUGCUCUGUCAGAGUACAGCCGCCUGCUCUCCUAGCACCACUGCAUCUGCACUAGGCUGGAAGCAACGAGGGGCCACGAGAGGAGAAGUAGCCUUCUCACAAAGUCCAUGUGUCUAAAAACUUUUGUGACGUUUCUAUCCUUGGGACUAAUGAUGUUAGUGCUUUCCUUCAGUCCUUGUGUUGUGAGUGCCCAGUCGUCUGGAAAUAGACACAAAAUGCAGAUCUGGUUACAAAAAUCCAGUACAAGAUUGGAUGAUAUGUGUCAACGUAAGGAGAAAGUCUGGCUUCACAGCUGUGCCGGAGGCAGACAUGUUUGUAAUAGUAACUUGACUUGGAGAUUGAAUAAAAUAAGUGAUUUAUACAUUUAUUGACUCUGCAUAGUGGAAAUGCAGUUCCUAGUUUUUUCCCCCUCUCACAAUAAAACUGAAUUGCUUU